AUGCAGAAAUCGGCGAUGAGUGGGCGAUUUUCGAUACAGACUCUUGGGCUUGGAUGUCACUCAAUUGAUGAAAAUAAUAAUCCCUUUCGUCUGGGCCAGGUUUUGAAAAGCUACAGAGCAGAUGAUACAAGGACACGACCUGCCGGGAGACAAUCGGACUUUGACACUGCUGGGACAGAUUACAACAUCCAGCAUUACUCUUUUCGCCCACGUCUUCCCGCGACCAGAGCUGAGAACCGUGGAGAGAAGCAGCAUCGCUAUCACUGA